AUGUUCGAGGACUUCUCCUUCUCGUCCCCGUCGUCCACCAGGCCCUCGCGCCUGGCGCUCGAUGGCGACGACCGCCUCAUGGUCGACAGUGACAGUUCCCUCAUCUCUCCCAUGUCGUCGCGCUGUCCCUCCCCGCGCUCCCAUCGCUUCCCCCGGACCGCGUCUCGCUCUCGCUCCUCCUACUUCCGCUCCACACAACAGCCACCCACGUCCGUGCCUUUCUCUGCCUACGAUCACAAGCGGCUGUCUAUCAGCACUCUGACGCGGAAACUUCACGAGCACACCCUUCAAAACCCGAACGGCCUGCAGCCCGAAGAAGCCGGUCGCUUCGAUCGUCCCGCUUCUCCAACCCCAUCGGAUCUGGGCAUUUCAACCAAGUUCCCGGGCUACGUCCUCACCCCGCCAGACACAGAUCACGAUGACGAGUCCCUGACUUCGGGUUCCCUUUCUCCACAAUCCGGCUCGCCCUUCCUGAGCCCUACCUCCGUGCCCGCAGACUUCCCCGCAGCCGAUAACAUUGAUCUGAGCGGCAACGGCAACGCCACGACGGCCGCUCCAUCAUCAGAUGCUUGGACCGUCCGCGCUCAAAGACAACAGAUCUCCCGUUUGCAAUGCAAUCAGUCUGAUGUAGAAGCCAUUCGUCGUGCUCUGGUGUCCGAUGACGAGAUCAUGCGCUCGGCCAUGUGCAGGGACUCCAUCUGUGAAGAGGACUACCACCCCAGUUCGCUGCCACCGCAGUCUUCGCCGCGAAGACGUGCCCUGACUCUGUCGCGGAAUCGGUUCCGUGGUCAGCCCUCUUCCACGGCGUCAGCGGAAUCAGCUGGUCCGGAGACCCGGGCACGUCGGAAGAGUAGCGUCAGUGCAUUGGCAUCGUCACAUCGCAUCGAGAAGAGCUACCACUGCUCGUCGCGAGAUAUGCACAAGAAGAACGAGCAGGGGCUGAGACGGAAGAGCCUUUUCAGUUUUACACCUGUAAAUAUUUACUUCUUUCUUCUCUCCUACACAUCAACCUUAUCGUUACCGUUACUGGGUGGUUUUACUAUUGUGCAUCAUAUAAGCGAUUCGUGUCCCGAUCAAGUCGGAUUGGAUUGGAUUUGA